AUGAAAUUAUCAAAAAUGGGUAAAGUUUAGAGGGAUUUGAUGUAUUUUCCAUUCAUUUGGCAUGAAGUUCCAUGAUGGCAUGAAGGUUUAACCAGAUCUCAUCUGAAAUAUUCAGUGAAAAUCUGUUACUGGGAAUAGCUCACAUUUCCCCAAUGAUUAACAGAUUCAGCCCUUCUGGCAUGACAAGAUUUCUUAUUCUAGAAAGUGUAGGAUGCUGAAGAUGCUCAAGGAAUUUGUUUAUGGUUAGUGCUAACUGCUAACCUUUGGAUUACGCAACUUUUAUCACAAUGACAACCUUGUACCGCAGUGGGACUUUCAGAAGAACGAACGAUAGCUCCAGACUAGUUAUAACGUCAAUUAUAGGAAUGGUUUUAGGAUAUUUUAUUGGCAUUUCAUCUCCAUAUGUUUCUCUAACAAAGAUUAGUUUACCUUCAAAUCUUGUAUCAUCUCUAGCGUUUGGCGAUGACCAUCGUAGACCUUCUAUUGAACGCUUUUUUCCAGAGCAUCUUGUAACUCCACAGAUAUAUGUUCCAACAAAUCCUCGCGGUGCAGAGUCCUUGCCACCACGGAUUGUGGUCCCUGAAUCAGAUUUUUAUCUGAGAAGGUUGUGGGGUGAACCAAGUAAGGAUCUAAUAAAGAAGCCAAAGUACUUGGUGACAUUUACUGUUGGUUUGAACCAAAAGGACAACAUUGAUGCAGCUGCUAAAAAGUUUUCAGAGGACUUUCAAAUUUUGCUUUUCCAUUAUGAUGGUCGAACAAGUGAGUGGGAUGAGUUUGAGUGGUCCAAGCGUGCAGUUCAUAUCAGUGUUAGGAAGCAGACCAAAUGGUGGUAUGCAAAGAGAUUUUUACAUCCUGAUGUAGUAGCUGCCUAUGAUUACAUAUUUAUAUGGGAUGAAGAUCUUGGAGUUGAGAACUUCAAUGCAGAGAAGUAUAUUAGACUAGUUAAAAGACAUGGUCUUGAGAUUUCUCAGCCUGGUCUUGAACCCAACAGUGGACUGACAUGGCAAAUGACUAAGAGGAGGGAUGAUAGAGAAGUUCACAAGAAUACUGAUGAGAAACCAGGCUGGUGCAGUAAUCCACGUUUGCCUCCUUGUGCAGCCUUUGUUGAAAUAAUGGCUCCUGUGUUCUCUAGAGAAGCAUGGCGAUGUGUUUGGCAUAUGAUUCAGAAUGAUUUGGUGCAUGGAUGGGGAUUGGAUUUUGCAUUGAGAAGAUGUGUAGAGCCUGCUCAUGAAAAAAUUGGCGUUGUUGAUUCGCAGUGGAUAGUACAUCAAUUUGUUCCUUCUCUUGGGAGUCAGGGUGAGACUGAGAAUGGCAAAGCUCCUUGGGAAGGGGUAAGAGAGAGGUGUACAAAUGAGUGGGCUAUGUUUCAAGAUCGUUUAGCCAAUGCUGAUGAAUCUUAUUUUGUGCAACAUGGAAAGAGUAGAAUAUAAAACUCUUGCAAUUACUUUCGAACAUCACUUUUUUUUUCUUUCUAUGGUGCAACAUAUUUGGUAAUACGCAUUACUAGUUCCCUCGUUAAAAAGUUUACCAAGAAACAUUAAUGGGACAUUUUUUGUUAAGGAAUAGUACAAUGUGUA